CACUACUCCACCAUUGAUCAGGCAGUCACUGUAUUCCCCCACCAACCAUGAACGCUUUAAAUUGCGACACCCUCUUCGAAAUGUUCAACUGAGUUGCCUGCAUAGAUAUAUUUAGGAGCGUGGCUUUCUGAAGUCUAUACCAAUUACUUCAGAAUAGCUAGUGAAAGACAGCCAUGGGAGAGCUGGUUUUGGAAGCAAAUUAUAAUUACGGACCUGCAGACAUAUUGCCUAUCCACCCUUCCAAUGGUACCAAAAGCCUAGGAGAUCAUCUGGUGUUGCAGGUAAAUACCAGUAACAUCAAUAUUACAGAUGGUCUAGUCUCGAGAGAGAUUUCUCGUACUGGAUCUAAAGAUUGGCAAGGUUACGAGCAGAACGAACAAGAAGCUUGGCUUCCCAUCACCGAAUCCAGGAAUGGCAACACCUUUUCUGUCACCUUUCAUUUACUCUGCUCUGGGUUUGGAAUGCAGGCCCUUUUGCUUCCUGUUGCAUUUGGCACACUUGGAUGGGCAUGGGGCGUCACAUGUUGGUUACUAGCAUACGUGUGGCAGCUCUACACCAUAUGUCUCCUCGUCCGCCUCCACCAACCACUCCCUGGAUCAGUCCGCUACAGCAGAUACCUCCAACUUGCUAUUGCUGCAUUCGGUGCAAAGCUAGGGAAAUUGCUCGCCCUAUUCCCGACGAUGUAUUUAUCUGGGGGCACUUGUGCCGUGCUGAUCAUAACUGGUGGUGGGACCCUGAAGCUCUUGUUCAAAACCAUGUGUGAUGGUGAGGCCACGUGUCUUGCCAAGUCAUUGAGCGGUGCAGAGUGGUUCUUGGUGUUUACGUGCAUGGCAAUUCUUAUAGCCCAGUUUCCAAACCUCAACUCUCUGACCGGCCUAUCUCUGAUCGGGGCCAUCACUGCCGUCCUCUAUUCUACUACGAUUUGGGUUCUCUCCAUCUACGAGGGAAAGCCCAGUGGCGUCUCCUACAGUCCCCCAGAGAUUGCCAACUCUGACAUGAGCAAAAUAAGCAGUAUUCUCAAUGCUCUUGGGAUCAUUGCUCUUGCUUUCAGAGGUCAUAAUCUUGUUCUUGAGAUACAGGGAACAUUGCCUUCGAGUCCAAAACACUCAUCACAUAAGCCAAUGUGCAAAGGAGUGGCAGUAUCUUAUCUAAUAAUCGCCGUGUGCCAACUUCCCCUUGCAAUCGCUGGAUUUUGGGCUUAUGGAAACAAGGUUCCUUAUAAUGGAGGAUUGCUGACUGCCUUUUCGCAAGUCCACGGACCCAACACCUCGAAGUACACGAUGGGCAUAAUCUACAUACUAUUUUUGGCGAACUGCUUAUGUACAUUCCAAGUCUACGCCAUGCCAGCUUUUGACAACUUGGAAGCCAGGUACACAUCCAAGAAGAAGCAGCGCUGCCCAAGGUGGGUUCGCAUAGAGAUCCGGCUGUUCUUUGGAGGGCUGGUUUUCUUUGCAGCAGUGGCUUUUCCAUUCUUGGGAAGCUUAGUUCCUCUGAUUGGAGGUAUCACGUUGCCUUUGACGCUUGCUUAUCCCUGUUUCAUGUGGCUUUCCAUUAAGAAACCGCGCCCGAAUGGUUUCGUGUGGUGUCUAAACUUGGGGCUCGGUUGCUUCGGCGUUGUUUUUAGUGUUCUUUUAGCUGUUGCAGCCGCCUGGACUUUAGCUGACAAAGGCUUAAAUGCCAAUUUCCUCAAGCCUUGACAAAAAGAGAUCAUCUUGAAUGUAAUUUAAAGAAUGUAAUUUACAUAUUCUCUUUUUCCUUUUUUUUCUUCUCUCAAGGCAAAAGAUAAAAAUGCUGGGGGAACUCAUAUCAGAUUAUAGCAGUAUGAUAUUAAUGAGGUAUGGAUGAUACGGGGAUUGCGCCAAUCAUAUUGACAGAGAAAUAGCAUUGUGACAGAAGUGUUGUGUGUCAUUUGCUGCUGUAUGGACUUUAGAUGCCUUCGAAACAGAGAAAUCAUGUGUCACAGAUGGAUCUGAUGGGCAAAUGAUACUCUGUUUAGGAA